UUAGAGCUGACAUGUCGGAGCAAAGAGAAAACACAGAGCAGGAGCUGAAAGAAGAAGAGGAUGAAAACACGCUUACAAACGCACAACCAGGUGGGAGUACACCUGAGCAGCCUCCAGAGGGAGACAGAGAGCCGGGGCAUGAAGGAGAGGAGGUGAACGCUGACAGACAGCCCACAGAUGCAGCUGUGCUGGAAGCUGCAGAAGAUGCUGAACAUCAGGCUGACCUGCAUGAAGACACUGAGCAGCUUAGGGAGCCGCAGAAAGCAGAGACUGUUGGGCUGUCAGGAGAAACUGGUGUGCAGGAAGAGGCUGAAACUCAGGCUGAUCUGCCGGAUGAUGCUGAGCAGCUUAGAGAGCGUCCGAGAAAAGAAAAUGUUGGAAACUCUACAGCUACAGUAAAGGUGGUGCUGGUGCCAGGGGGUCAUGUGAUGACUGUGGCGUUCGCCAUCGGGCUCAGCAUCGAGGAGCUGAAGCGUCAUCUUGCCUCAGAGCUCAGAGUUCCUGCUGAGGUGCUGCACAUUUCUCUGGAUGGCAGAGAGGUGGAGGAGCAGCAGAGCCUGAUGGAGCUUGGUGUCCGGCCUCACGGCUCCACCAGGAUGGAGAUGAGCUCAGCGGAUCCAAACACACACCCACUCCGCCCCGUUCGACCGCCGGAGCAUGACAACAUGCAGGAUGUCAUCACGGUCCGAGUACAAACAGGUCAGAGCGCAUUUGAGGAGGUGGUGGUGGAGAUCGAGCGUCCCCGUCAGCAGAAGGCCUUCCUGGGUGGAUACAAACACCGGAUGACGGGGGCGGAGUACCACCACGCUGCCGUCCAGACACUGCCCAAGAGGCGGCCUGACAGAGGAGUGCUCGUCUUCAGCCGUGACACACAGACAGCAGAGAUGAAGUCUCAGGUCCAGCAGUGUGCAGUCGAUGUCUCCACCCAGAUGUCCGGGAUCGGCUGCUACGUCUCCUGUAUGAGCGACAAGCUGGUUGCCCCGGGCAACUACAUCACCGCUGACGAGUAUCACGACAGGAGGCUGAAAGCUGUGAUCCGUCUGCAGUCGUUUGCUCGGCGCUGGCUGGCCCAGCAGGAGGUGAGACGGCUGAAGAGUGAACGGAAACGGCGGCUGGCCUGGCUGGAGCUGCAGGAGAGGAGGAGGACGGAUGAGAAGGAGGAACAGUUGAGAGACCGCCGCCACCGCUGGAUGAACCCGCAAAGGAGGGAGGACUUCAACCUGCUGUUUCACGCUCUAGAGAAGUGGCGGUGUGAGGAGGAGCAGCAGAUUAACGCCACCCUGAGAGGAGCUGAGAGGAAGGCCGCUCUCUACUCGCUGCUGGAGCAGGAGAUUCAGCUCAUCGGCGCCAUUGGACGCCAUCGCAUCGCCGCACAGAACAGCAACUACGACAAAACAGUCAAGAGCUUCCUGGACAAGUCUGCAGCUCCUCAUCAGUGGAGAGCAGCAGACGGUCGACUGAUCGAGAUGGACACACAACACACCAUCCGAGCCAGAGAGCUGAAAGAACUUUACAACAACACCAACCUGAGCGCUGUCAACAAGGAGGAGAGACUCCACGUCCUCAUGACACUCAAACACACUGUGAAGGAGCAUGAGUGUCAGCUGACCCGGGACAUCGUGGAUUUGAUUGACAGAGAGGUGGACCUGAUGACUCGGGGGGUUAAAGCAGCCAGCUUGGAGGGACUGAGGAAGAGGAUCUCCACAUUGUUCCUCCAGUAUAUCAAAAAACCAGCAUUUAACCCCGAGGCUGCCAGGCUGCUGAAGGUUCCCCAGAAUCCCUCCAAGCUGAAGGACAACAUGUUUCUCUGCGGCGGCUGUAAUCGCUACCUACAAUCUGUCAACUUUCGCCCAACUGCCAACGCCCGUCGCAGCGGUCGCUGCCAAGACUGCAUUGGACUUGAAAACAUAGCCGGACCCCGCAGUGACGUAUCUUGCUACAAGAACAUCCUGAGGAGGCUGAGAGGCGACGAGAAGCAGAUCAACCCGGAAUCCAAGAUCCCCUACCUGCUGCAGGUGGAGGAUGUGAGGUACCUGGUGGAGGUGAUCUGGGCAUCCCGCUCCGCCCUCCACGGCAGCAGCGACCUCUUCAGCCUUGUGUUUGUCCGCUGGGAGCGUCACAGAGACUGGAGCCCCUGGAACUGUAUCCUGCUGUCCAAAGAAGAGACCUCAGCUCACCUGGAGGUCGAAGACAUCCACAAGGCGUACGAGGGGACGUUCAUCCGCAGGAUCCAACACAAACACAUGCUUGCUCGUCGCCACUUCAGCCAGAUCUCCGUCAUGGCUGAGUACCUGGACCCUCAGCCAGCUACGGGCAAGCACAUCACCGACAGCACACCUGCUUCGGCUCGUUAAGAAAGACCCCUUUGUUUCCUUUCUUUUGUCACUGUUUCCUCCCUCCUUCAUUCUGUCCGUCACACAAAAAACAUUUUGUCUGAAAUCUGGAAUAAAGUUCAUGACAGUCAUGACUUGUGGAAAUUAAUUCCAGUGUAGCUUCUAUCUAU